CCAUUACAACAUACGAAAUACCACCCGGCCACAGCAACUAUGGCCCCCCCUCAAAGCCGCCAUCCUAUAGCUCAGUAACGCAUCAAUACUUGCCACCAGCGACGGGCGGUUACAGCGGCGGUGGCGCACCGUUUAGCAGCGGACAUGCGGCAUUCGAAGCGCCCGCUAGCAAUUAUCUGCCCACUGGCUAUGCCAAUGAAGGAAACGAUGACUUCAACAUUUAUGGCCGCCAUCAGAAACUUAGCGAAGCGGAUACACGCAAAGCUGCUGCGCAACUACAAGAAAUCCUUAGCCUGCUGCCUAAUGGCAAAACAGAAUUCACCGCAUCGAAAACAGUCGUGCUGGACACACACAGCCACUCGCCACACACCGGCCCAGGUGCUGAAUUGACGAAUGAGAGCGCUGACUUGCAUACAUAUGGCUUGCAGAAUGAUUUGGGACCACUGGAGUCCCUUUCACACACCGAGUCCAUAACAGCAGCAUAUGGCCAGCGUCCAGGUAAUGCGCCAGAAAAUCCUGCGGACAUUUACCGCCAAAUGGCUAAGAAGCAAACGGCGGAGGAGAUUUACAUACAAAAGCACCCAAAUGAGGGUUAUGACUAUCGGCCGACGAAUCCACCAGCAGCUAGCAAUGGCAAUCAGGGUGGCGGUUAUCACUACAACAAUUAUCAUGCAACAAGCAGCGCGUUGAAAGAUCUGACACCCAUUAUUGCAGCUUUAGAGGUGGCCAAACGGCGAGGUACCACACAAGCUAACGUGAGUAAACAUUUUGCCGUUGAGAAGAGCGUCUACAAAGUAGAUCCGCGAACGGCAGCUAAGUCAAGCAAUCAACAAUUCAAAUAUCUGCCACCUUCUGUGCAAAAAACAAAGCAUAUAUACUUCGAUCCAGCGCAAAAUAAGGCUGAUAAUGAGUAUAGACCAACAUAUGUGCCACCACCACCACCAUCACCACCACAACCACCACAACGACCACAGGCAAUAGCGUCCGGCUCCGCACCAUCAGCUGCGGUAGCAGCGCCGUCACAUACGUACGCCGCACAACAACACUCUGUCGCAUAUGCAGCUCAACAGGCACCUUCUCUUACCGUACAACAUGCGCCGGCUGCGUCAUCUUCCUCCGCCUCGUCCUCCUCCUCCUCGUCUGCCUACAAGGUGCGACGUCAAGUGCCGUCGGGCUCUUCGAUUACAGCGCUCAAGGUACAGUCCAAACUGGGGCCGUACUUCAAACACCACGACUACGAGAUAAAUGAUCCGCUCAUGUUCAAUCGAAUGUUGUUGUUUUGAGUGAAACGGCGUAGCGAUCGGCCCACCCACACUGGGUUAAAGGAGCACAACGAAAGCAUUACAAAUUGCAUUUUUCUUAUAUAUAUUUAUUUAUUUAUUUAUUUAUUAUUUAUUUAUUUAAUUACACUACAAUUUCAUGUAAAGUAGUUUAAGUGAAUGAAUGGCUUUGCAUUUAUCGGAAAAGUAGUCGAUAAUAAUCGAAACAAAUAUUUUUAUUGUCAAUAAAACCGUCAGUCAUUAGUAGUAAGUCUGAGAAGAAAAAAAUAACAAAAAUAUAUCUACAUAUGUAUGUAUUAACAACAGCAUAAUUCGAUAGAGUGUAUUCAUCUAGUUUCUUAAUUUGAAAGUAUGUAAUUACAAAGAGAUUUUGAUAAAAAAAAAUAUUUAUAUUAAUAUUGGCAUUUAUUUGCGUAUGUCACCCAUCCAUUUUACAUCUGUGGCUCCUAUCGUCAACUCUGCACUUUCACACUAAAUUCUCCUUCUAUCUCACUCCCGCACUUAGUUUAGUUUUUGCUCCGUUAUCCUCAGCCAAACCUCACUUCUUUAAGUGCUUCAUUUACCUAAUUCUUACAACCCGUUUACUUACAUAAAUAGUUCUUUUUAAAACGUCAUCUUCUUUACAGAGUUCUACUAUCAGUAGUAAAGUGCAUUCUCUGUUUCAAGUUCCAAUGAAUUACACGAAAAUCUUAUAAACAAUAUACAACUGGAAUCCAGGAUACAUAACGUGGGUGUCAUGUCUUCGCUUGCCUGCAACUUUCUGUUAAUCUGGACCGCAACAGCCUGAUGUCGAAUCGCCUCUGCCCUGCUCGCCUCUGUGUAUGUGAAGCCGACUGUCGGGUCCCUUCUUUUAUGAAAAACCUUUAAAUUCGAUUAUUUACGUAUUUUUGCAUCUUUGUUGGUUUAAGUAUUUAUUAUUUUAAUAUUGUGCUGUUCUGUUUAAAAAAUAGUUACAUUUAUUGCUCCUUCAUUGUUCGUAA